AUGGAAGAACAACAGAAGAGGAACUCUUCUAAAGGCACAUACUACAAGUCCACUUCUUUUUCAAUACAUCUGGUUGAGGUAAAAUCUGAAGAAGACACAAGUUUUGGAGGAAAGAGAAAUUGCAGUGGCAGAAAUGGCAAAGUUGAAACAUCCCAUGAGCUGCAAGGCCCUUACAAAGCCACUAAAGGACCAGAAGCCGCCAUCAUUCACAUGAGGAUGCUGCUACAAAAAGCAAUAGAAACACCCCACAAGUUGCCCAAGCCGGAGGAGCUCAAGGGCAGACAGUAUUGCAAGUGGCAUAACUCUUGGAACCAUUCCACCAACAGCUGUGUUGUUUUCAGGGAUGUCAUACAGGAAGGAAUAAUAGUAGGAAGGCUAAAACUAGUGGAGAAACCUCCAUCAUCAGAACAGAAUAGAGGCAAACUAACAACAGAAGCUAGCUCAAGUAGAGGCAGAAGAGUCACAAGGGAAACUAAUCAAAGGCCAAAGGCAACCAUUUCGGCUGGGCAGAAUCAGCCCACGCCUAGCGUUUUUGACAGGAUUGGAACCUCAUACCAACAGAGCUCAGUUCCGGCCACAUCUAAGGAUAGAGCCAGACAGAAGGACUAUCUAAGGCCUACUCAGUGCAGCAGAAGGAUGACACAACAUCCAAAGAAAGAAAUACCAAUUAAGAUGCCUGGAAAUGACAAGCCUUUGGCAACUAUCAUAGAAGGCAGAUGGUAUUUUGUCAGAAAAAACGGCAGACCAACUAUGGAAUUGACCAGAACUCAGAAGAGGAUGAUUCAAAGGCAAUACUUUGAUUUGUGA